GUUUACAUGGAAUCACACACCAAAGCAUAUUUUAAAAUCUUUUUGAGUUUCGAACCGCUGCUUCUUCUUUAUACUCUCUGCGUGAUUAUCGUGUGUCAGAGAACACUCAAGCUUCUUCUUCCUUGGUCCUUCUCAUUCUCUAGCUUCUGUGUCUAGUUUUACAUAAGCAAAAUUCUAACCAGAGCCAAAAAAAAAAGGUUUUGAGAAUGGAUGGAUCAGCGGAAGCUGCUGCUACACGGACGAGAUCACUACAGAUCAGUCCUGGUGAUUUAGAGGCUGCUCAUCUUGAUGACCUCAUAAGGGAAAUAGAACAGAGGAGUCUUUAUUACUACCAAGAGAAAAACAAGUCGUUGAGAGCUCGUUAUGUCUACGGAACCAUCUUCUUGAUUAUAAACCUAUGCGCUUGGUUUAUCCGUGACUACGCACAAAAGGCUCUAGCCUUGCUUCCACGUAAAAAUGUCAGUAGUUGCGGACCUGAAGGAAGUGAUUGUUUCCAUACGCUUGGAGUACUCCGCGUGAGUCUAGGAUGUUUCAUAUUUUACCUUGUUAUGUUCCUGUCAACAUGGAACACAAGGAAACUCCACGAAUUUCAAAAUAGUUGGCACUCGAAUUACUGGAGCUUCAAGUUUCUCUUGCUUGUUUUAGCUAUGGUAGCUUCUUUCUUCAUACCUCAGCUUUACAUCCAAAUCUACGGUGAAAUCGCGCGUGUUGGUGCAGGGAUAUUUCUUGGUCUUCAACUUGUAAGUGUUAUCGAAUUCAUCACUUGGUGGAAUAACUAUUGGAUGCCACAUGACCAAAGUAAGCAUAGCUGUUCUUUUGGAUUGGUCAUGUCAACAGUAUUCUACAUUGGUUCUGUUUCCGGGAUCGCAGUGAUGUACUACUUUUAUGCUGCUUGUGUCCUCAAUAUGUUCUUCAUCUCAUGCACUGUUGUUAUUCUAACCGUUAUGAUGGUUAUGUCCUUGCAUUCAAAGGUGAAGAAUAAAGGACUUUUGUCUUCCGGGAUUAUGGCUUCCUACAUUGUCUUCCUAUGUUGGUCUGCGAUCAGAAGCGAACCUUUACAUACAAAAUGCAAUGCGCAGACUCAAAACGGUCAUACUGAUUGGGUUACAAUACUGAGUUUCCUUAUAGCUAUAGGCGCCAUUGUGAUGGCAACAUUUUCAACUGGGAUCGAUUCAGAAUCCUUCAGGUUCGAGUUCCGUAAAGAUGAAGCUAAAGAAGAAGAAGAUAUACCAUAUAGCUAUGGAUUCUUCCACCUUGUGUUCUCCUUAGGAGCAAUGUACUUUGCCAUGUUGUUUAUUAGCUGGAACCUUUCACAUUCAUCUCGAGAAUGGAGCAUUGAUGUUGGGUGGACAAGCACAUGGGUGAAGAUAGUGAACGAGUGGUUUGCUGCAGCGAUUUACCUGUGGAAGUUGAUUUCUCCUAUUGUGAGACAGCCUAGAGUUUAUGAACAACCUCAGCCAACAGCAGCAGAAGUGGACAGAUAGAUUAGAUGAAGUGAAAAUGAUAUGAUCACAUUAUUGCUAGAAGUUUUGAAGUUAAUACAGAAUCAUUGAGGUCAUUAAUUCUUUAUAAACUUGUUCUUAUCAAGUUCAUUCAUUAAACAUAAUCCAAUGUACAUCCUAUGAUGAAGUCAGAGCAAAAGGAAAGAUUCUACUAGAUUAGAUUCUUUGAUCCUUGAAACUGUGCUUAAUCGCAAUGUGGAUUUAUGUAAACAGAACAUGAAAGAGUAAGGGGGAAACGAAUGAAUCCGAGGUUAAUCAUAUUUUCUUAUCAGAUCAAACCAGCGAACGUUGGACAAGCAAAAAGCGAACCGAGACCAGCUUAUUUUGGUCGUAGCAAGAUCAUAAACACCGGUACUACCUUUAAAGGUUGGCUUAGACACAGGCGGCCAAACAUCAGCAGCAACGAAAUAGAUAUAAUUGUUGCUGUUGAUGAACCCAUCACCAAAAACCAACAACAUCUCAUCUCAUCAUCAUCAUCAUCUAAAGAACUAGAAAGUUAUCUACGCAGAUG